GAGCUGGGCCUCAACGAGUCCCAGAUCAAGAUCUGGUUCCAGAACAAAAGGGCCAAAAUCAAAAAGGCCUCCGGGAAGAAGAACUCUCUGGCCCUGCAGCUGCAGGCCCAGGGACUCUACAACCACUCUACAUCUGGGGGGGUCCAGUCUGACAGCGACUAGACCUGGACCAGGAGGACCCAGUCUGACAGUGACUAGACCUGGACCAGGAGGACUCAGUCUGACAGUGACUAGACCUGGACCAGGAGGAC